GCAGACAGAGGCGGCUUUGUGAGCUGUCUGUACCGCGCGCGGGGCUCUUCUGUCUGCUGAUAGGGUCAAAUUUAACGGCAUCGAUCGCUGCUGCAGCGACGCUGCCGACGCGACGCGAAAAGCUGCGGUACACCCUGCUCACAGCAUUGAUCACUGCUGAGCACGCCGCCGCGCCGACGAUAGGGCGACGCGCACAGUUACAUACAACAAGCGAUGGGCGCGGGAAGCUCCCACCCGUCCUGGGCGCCCGACAGCUUACCAAAAAAGAUCCGCAAGCUGCCCGACGAGUACCUGGAGCUGCGGCACCCGAACGGGUCGGUGGUCCACGUCGUCGGCGUGCGCGCCUUCGAGGCAGCAGGGCCGGACAUAGUCCGAAAGGUGAUUCGUGCGGCGACGCCCGAUUCCGUCUUAUUACAGCUCUGCGACGAGCGCGUGCCGCCGGUCUGGGAGCUGAUUGAGCGAGGCACGAAGCGCGCCGACGGAAGUCUGCGGGACCCGCUCCCCGCGAACCCCUUCGACUGGAAUACGGCAUCGAGCGAUGCAAGAUUGCGGAGCUUCCAGUGGUGGUUCGGCGGCGGGCUCGACCUCGAAGGGUUAGCCGCCUUGAACGGCACUUGUUUGGGGGCGGCGCAGGCGUCCGCGGCGCACGAGGCCGCGCGGCUCCAGGCCUCGACGCAUUUGAUCGACCGCCAGGUGAGCAGCACGCUCCACCGGGUCUAUUGCCGGGCUUGGAGGGAGUACGCGUUCUUUUCCGGGAGCAGCUGUGCUGAUGAACUCGCGGACGCUUUAUCAGUCGUCCUGGCGCCGGUCGACGCCGACAAUCUCGACCCGCGGCGCGGCGCCAUCGACACGGUUUGUAGGGAGCUGGCCUCAGAUGAUGAUGGAGCACCCUCGGCGACGGCGGCCGCCGCCGCGUUCCGCGCCGCGCGAGAGACGAUCGGCGCCGAGCGGUCCGAGAUCCUCGCGCACAAGUGCCACGAAGCUUUAAAAACGCUCGGCCCCGGCGGCGUCGCCGUGGCCGUCGUCGGGUCCGAGCACGUCGCGUCCAUCGGGCGGCAAUUUGGAAAGACGGACCCGAAAAAAAUCGAGGAGCUCCUCGCGGGGCCGCCUGUGUCCGAUUCAUUGAUAGCGGUGGCAGCACCUACAAUAGCCGUGGGCGCGCCGCUCGCGCUCGGGCAGCGGUUCCUGCCGCCCGUGCCGAAGCGGGCCAUGUGGCUGGCCUGGGCCGUGCUGCCGGCGGUCUACGAGAUGUACAUCGUGCGGCAGCGCUACGACACGUACCGGGGCGUCGCGGCGGUCCAGGAGGCCCUCGAGGGCACGGUCUAAGUCUAUCAUAGA